AUGAUCACUUUCAUCAAGAUCUUUAUUUGCAACCCCGUUUAUGCUUAUUGGAAACUAUCUGAGAAAGCAAAUGCAACAUGCCUCAGUCAGCCAGGUGUAAUUAUCGCCGAUUCGGUCAUCUGCACUGUAACAGACGCUGCCAUUUUCGCUUUCCCAGUGGCUUUUACGUCGACGUUGCAGAUGCCGCUUUGGAAGAAGAUCAAGGUGAUGGUUCUCCUUGGCUUUGGUGGUGUGGCGGUGGCCUUUAGUCUUUACAGACUGGUGGUUGGGAUCCACGAGAAGGAUACACCUGAUUCGACUAGGAUGUUUAUGAAGUCGAUCUUGACAGGGAAUGCCGAGUUAGGAUUCGGUUUAAUCUGCGCUUGUCUCCCGGCUGUAAAUGUCCUAAUGGGUUGGACUCGCCGGAACAAGCCCUCAGUAAAAGGAUGUUCCAACCAACAUCGCAAAAGUCACCAGCCUUUGGGCCACAUCUAUGAUGGACCCACAUCUACUCAGGGUCGAAAUCAAUUCCUGCGCAGUCAUUUGAGUAGUCAUGCGCGUCGAGGCUCUACAGAUUCCGCUCAACUUAUCGCAGAUCAUGACGCAGAAAUGCCGACUGUGGAAAACAAUGAUGCAAUUAUCAAGAUGGUCUCUUUGAAUCAGCAAUGGGAGAAUGCGUCACAAAUGUUUGUUCAAUAA